AUAUUUUUCUCUUCUGGUGGUAUUUUUUUUCUUUGGCUCUGUUAGUUGACUCUUCAGAUACAUUUUCUAGGUUCUCCUUAAUUUGCUCAUACCCAUGUGACAUCUUAUCUAGUUAUGUUGGAAGGUAAAAAUUAACUUGGAGAUGGUCUAUAUAAUGAUCAUCGAACAUUGAACAUUACACAUCCACAAACAAUUAAAUAUCAAACCUUUCUUUCAUGGCUCCAUAUAUGAAUCAUUUCAACUUGUUGCAAACCAUCUCCCUUUUAUACUUUUUGUUCACACUCACCUGCCUUGGAUCAUCCCUAAGCCAUGAUAAGGAAUGCUCAGCCUUGUUUCAGUUUAAGCAAAGCUUAAUUCAUCAAGAUGAUGAAACGCUUUGUGGUGCUAGUUGGUUUCAAACAUUCCACUCCUGGAAGCCCACCAGUAAUGCAUCAAAUGCUCGUUUUGAUUGUUGUUCGUGGUAUGGGGUGGAGUGCAGCAAUGAGCAUGAGUAUGGUCAUGUCAUUGGCCUUGAUUUGCGCGAAUGCUCUCUUUGUGGGCAUAUUAAUUCUACCAGCGCCAUCUUCAGUCUUGUUCAUCUUCAAAGCCUAAACCUUGCCAUGAACAAUUUUUUUGAAUCUCAAAUCCCAUCUGAGAUUGCUCAUCUAAAGCAAUUAAGAAGCCUGGAUCUCUCUGAUUCUGGGUUUGGUGGCCAAGUCCCGAAUGAGAUAUCACAGUUGAUGCAAUUGUCUUCCUUAGAUCUGUCAAUGAAUCCACUAAAGCUUCAAAGUCCUAAUGGCUUCAAGAAUUUAGUGCAAAACUUAACAGGACUCGAAGAACUGCAUCUGUCAGGGGUUGACAUUAGUUCUUCUGUACCUCAUUUCUUGGCCAACUUUUCUUCUUUGAGGUCAAUCAGGCUACAAAACUGUUUGCUUGAAAAUGAAUUCCCUGCGGGCAUUUUUCAGCUACAGAAGUUGAAAAGUCUUGAUUUGUCAUUCAAUACCAAUCUUACAGGUGCCUUUAGUGAAUUUCAUAACAGCAGCUUACUUGAACUUGUGAUGAUACAUUCAACAAGUUUCUCCGGGAUUGUACCAGAGUCCAUUAGCAAUCUAAACAAUUUGAGUGUCUUGUCCCUUGGCGAUUGCUCUUUCUCAGGGCAUAUUCCAGGAUCACUCUCCAACAUGACAAAACUCACUUACUUGUCUCUUGGUAAUAAUAAGUUCACAGGCUUUGUUCCUUCUUUGGUAAGUCUUUCCAAACUCAUCAUUUUAGAUCUCAAUGGUAACAGAUUUGAUAAGGGAGCCUUGCCCAACUGGCUUGGCAUGUUGGCUGAACUUAAUCAACUGCUUGUAUACAAUAUGGACAUACACGGUGAAAUAACACCCUUUCUCGCAAACCUAACCAAACUUAGGUCUUUGGGAAUGGGAAAUAACUCUCUUGCUGGUCAUAUACCGUCCUGCUUUUUCAACCUCACCCAACUAGAAGAGUUAGACCUUCAAGAAAAUCAAUUGCAAGGACCAAUUUCAAGCUCAUUUUCCAACUUGAAAAGUCUUCAAAUUCUUCAUUUUCGUUACAAUAAUUUCAGUGGGAGUGUAGACUUAGACACGUUCCUAGGACUCAACAAACUCGAAACUCUCGUCUUAGGUCAUAACAUGAUAUCAUUAGUGGCUACCAACAACUACACCAUUAGUACCUUACCACACUUGAAACAGUUAGAAUUGUCAUCAUGUAACUUGAAGGAAUUCCCUGGCUUUUUGCGCUUCCAAAAUAAAAUAGAACUCUUGUCUCUCGAUAGCAACAAGAUUGAUGGCCUGGUACCGGUGUGGAUCUGGAACAACAGCAAGGAAACAUUACUAGCGAUUGACCUUUCCAACAACUACAUCACCGGCUUUGAUCAGCAUCCUCAAGUUCUCCAAUGGGGACAUCUAGAAGAAUUUGACAUCAUGCAUAAUCAGGUACAAGGACCGCUUCCAGUUCCACCACAAACCACAGUUAUUUAUGUAGCCUCAGAAAACAAUCUGACAGGAGAAAUACCACCUCUGAUAUGUGAAGUGAAAUCUCUUCAAGUGUUAGCUUUGGCAUCUAACAACAUGAGUGGAACUCUUCCUCCGUGUUUUGGCAUCUUAAGCAAUUCGUUAUUGGCAUUAGAUCUGGCCGGAAAUAACUUUCACGGCAUAAUGAUGAAUGCGUUUAUGCAUGGAAGCCCGUUGGAAACUAUUGGUUUGAGCAAAAAUCGAUUUACGGGUGAGCUACCAAGAUCAUUGACAAAUUGUACCAAUUUAGAGUUUCUCAAUCUUGGAGAUAACUCGUUCCAUGACCUCUUUCCUUCUUGGUUGGGAAAUCUUCCCAACCUGCAAGUUCUUAUGUUGCAGUCUAACAAAUUUUAUGGUCCAAUUCAAUCUUCAACAACUGUUUUGUCACAAUUCCCUAAGUUGCGGAUCAUAGACCUCUCUAACAACAACUUUAAUGGUCAGUUGCACCCCAAGUACUUCCAAACAUGGAAUGCCAUGAGAUCGGUUAAUGAUAGCGAGUCAUCGGUUAUGGAAUUAGAUUUGUCCUUAAAAUCGUUCACUGAAAAGGCUACAUAUAGCAUGACAAUGAUAUACAAAGGUGUGAGAAGAAACUACGAAAAGAUUUUAACCAUAUUCACGGCUAUUGAUCUCUCUUGUAACAAGUUUGAGGGAGAAAUCCCGCAUUCCCUCGAAGAUCUUCGAGGCCUUGAAUCACUUAAUCUUUCUAACAAUCAUUUUACUGGGCGUGUCAUGAAAUCAUUGGGUUACCUAAAGAAUCUUGAAUCUUUGGAUCUUUCCCAAAACGAGCUAUCCGGAGAAAUUCCUCAAGAGUUGGUGCAACUCAACUUCCUUUCCAUUUUCAAUGUGUCGUUCAACCAUCUUGAUGGGCACAUACCCCAAGGCCAACAAUUUAGUACAUUUGAAGACGACUCCUACAUGGGGAAUCCUGGAUUAUGUGGAAAACCUUUAUCCAAUGAAUGUCAACAUUCAAAGGGCUCAAUACUUCCACCAGCAAGCAGUAUGUCUGAGACCGAGUCUCUCCUCCCUAGAGAAAGGAUUGAUUGGAUUUUUGUAUUCUGUGGAGUUGGAAGUGGGCUGGUUGUUGGGGUUGUCAUUGGAAACUUUCUAUAUGAAAGGUAUAAAGAUCGGUUCACAAAGACCAAGGACAAAUGGGUAAGGCCACUUCCUAACACAAGGAGAAACCAAGGAGGUAUCAUAUUCUCACGUUCAAAGGGAAAGGAGAAGAUGUAGAAUAGCUUCAAUUCAAGGGAUUUUAGUUUGUUUUACCAUUAAGCUGCAUGUGUGUUUUAGGUUUAACACUGUGUUGGUUUCAGUUAGAUUUCUGUGAGUUCGAUUGUCAUUGCUAUAUCAUUAAGUAAGACUCCAUUGUGACAGUAUGAGAUUCACAUGUUUUGUUAUAAUACACAUUUUCAAAAAAGAAUAGUAAAUCUCAUCAUUAGUAUAAUAUACAAA